UCACACUCUCACAAGUAUUUACAAUAUACCACACCAAACAGAACUUUUUUCAUUAUUUUUAAAUACACACUUUGUCCAACAAGUAUUCUGAAAUUAACUUCAAGAUGGAACUCAAAUUGAUCAAAUUCUACACUCUUUUUAAAUGUCGAAUUGCUAGUGAGUUAUUUUAUCCUAUGAAUGAAACCUGAUGCCAAAAUAAAUGUAUCAGCGUGUUUAGCAGCACAGGUCUUUGUGUGCUCAUUUUAGCCCAGUCGUACCGUAUUUUGGCACAGCUCCCCUGAGAACAACACAAGCGAUGGAAAGAUUCCUUGGCGGGUGUGAAAUCACAUGACUGAAAGCUGAUAGUCCUCUUCACUGGCGGCUCAACUCACAGAGCUAGACAACAUCAACAUGCUUCCUACCCUCCUCACCACCACCAUGCUUUUUACAAUGGGAUCUGAUGCUGUCCCUUUUGCCAUCUUAUCUCCACCAUUUCAUACUGAUCUCAACGGCUUGACCAUCCUGGUGUGUGUGGUCCAUGACAUUCAUCGAGCAGAGCUGGAGGUCGCCUGGAUUUCUAGUGGCACCAGAGGAACUAAUCCGCCAGUCUCGAACUUGCUCCAAGGACACAUUCAGAGCGCAAUGUCUGUUAUAUCUGUGCCCUCGAGUGAAUGGAUGUCCUACACCUGCUUUGUGAGUCACAGAGGCUCCGAUCAACUCCUGCACAGACAUUAUGCUGGAUUCCCAAUGGAGACGACCGGAAUGGCUGACGAUGAAGAAACCUUUGAUACGUGUUUGGACCAUCAAAGCAGUUUUUUCGAAGAGGUCCGAGCAAACGGAGAUCUAUUAUUUGUUGAAGCUCUCAGGAUUCUCCUCAUCAAAAUCACCAUUUUCGACAUUUUAAUGACAGUGCAGGCCGUCAUAAAGUGAGUUUCAAAAACAACUGUCACGGAUGUCAGAGUUAAUUGGACGUGCUCUUGGAGGAAUUCCAGCUGAUGCAAAUGAGAAUCUGGAAUGUUGAUGUGCGUCUCGAUGAGCCACAAGACGCAGGUGCUUCGAUAUGUGAGCAGAUGAGUGUGAUAGCUGCUCACAACCACAUCAUGUACACAAUAUAACACAUGCACUGCACUACAUGCUGCUUUUGUAGGCCAUUGUCAAAUAUAAAAGCUUUGAAUGGCAUUGUCAAGUCAGCUUCCACUGUUGUGACACUGUUGAACUCUGUCUGACAGUGAUGAAACUUUGAUGAAACUCUUUGUUGCAUGGGAAUGAGAUCAUUGUGCAUAGCGCUUUAUCAAAGAUUGAGACAUUGUUUCAUUUUAUUUUUGGGGAAGUUGUGAAUGUGACGUCAGUGCUACAUCAAGACUGGAGCAUUGAAUGUCCACAUUUUGUUUUAACUAUUUGCACUACUGUUCAAAAGUUUGCUAUUUUUUAGUUAAUUUUUGUUUUUGAAAGUGUCUCAUGCUCAGCAAGGCUGCAUUUAUGUGAUCAAAAAACUGGGAAAACAGUAAUAUUAUCAUUAUUAUUACUGUUUUCUAUUUGAACAUAUUUCAUUGUCACAUGGUCCCUCAGAAAUCAUUCUAAUAUGCUAAUUAGCUUUUUUGAAUUUGAAAUCUUUCUAUUAUACAUUUCAAAAACAGCUGUGGUGCUUAAUAUUGUUGUGAAAACAGCACUACAUUUUUUGCAAUUCUUUGAUGAAUAAAAAGUAAAAAAGAACGGCAUUUAUUUGACAAAAUUAUUUUGUAAUAUUAUGCAAGUCACAGUAGUGUAUAUUACAGAAAAUUAGGAAAAUGUUAUUAAGGAGCACUUGACUUUGGAGAACUUGAUUGUUGUUUACAACUCUGCUAUAGUGUUGUACAGUUAUACUUUUGGUCUGUUAGUUAUACUUGUACUGUGUUGCAUUGCCUUGUGUUCUUGCUUUGGAUGCAAGUCUACUAAAUUACUAAAUGUAAAUGUACAAGCCAAUGAAUGUAUAUGGCUAUUAACCACAAAUGAAAUGUGUAAAAAAAUAAAUAAAGCCAGUGCAUUUAUGUAUUUUUCAUUUAUUGUUUUAAAUAACACACUUUUUCUUUUUUUUUUCUUUUUUUUGAACAGCAUCCGUACAAUACUAAAACACUGAUGUAACAAUGGUGACCCACUAGGUGGCAGUACAAUCACGUCUCAAACGUUUUU